AUGCUUAGACUGAUACUGUCUUUGUUAAUUUUUUACACAAGUUCUAUGAAGUCAACGAAAGCUGACUACGUGAAUGUUGCGCUUGAAAAACGAGCCUACCUUAGUUCAACUUACCAAAAAUAUUUUGCUUCUUAUGGAGUUGAUGGCAUUCUUAAAAAUAAUUUUGCUCAUGCAGAUGGAGGUUAUGAAUACUCAAACUGGUUUGUGGUUGAUCUGGUGCAUGCUUUCCAGGUCAAAUAUGCUGUUCUCUACAAUAGUGAUUAUUGUCUCAAUUGUGGUAAAGUUGGGCUUCAGAAAUUCUAA